AUGUGCUUUAAUCAACGAAACCAUUGCACCGAUUAUAACGCUAUGCAUCGCAUAACGGGUGGACUGCAUUUGGGCGGCUAUUUGGCCGCAACCGUCAAGUCGUCGCUCGAGGAGUGCAAUAUCGGCACAAUACUCACCGUAAUGGACACCCCUAUACCCACUGAGCACCGAUUCCCGGGCAUUGCCUAUCACUACAUCCCCGCCUACGACGACGAGUAUCAAAACCUAUUGUCACACUUCCCGCUGGCCUACGAUAUAAUUGACAACGCGUUGGCCGCGAGUCCGGACGCCGGCGUAUACGUGCACUGCGCGGCCGGCAUAUCCCGAUCGGCCACUACUGUCAUCUCGUAUAUCAUGCGAAACCUGCGGAUGCCGUACGAGACGGCCCGGGCGUUGGUCCGCUCGCGGCGGGGCGUAAUCCACCCAAACCCGGGGUUUGUCCGGCAAUUACAGCUCUACGAGGCGAUGGACUACCGGCUCGACGGCAACAAUCAACAGUUGCGGCAGUUUUUGCUGGACAUAUACGCCGACUACGACUACAGCCGUUUGCAGCGAUACUUUGAGCGGCUCUUAGCGGUCGAGAGGGCCACUGCCGGUGGGGUAGAGUUGGGCCCACUGUAUGUGUGCGACGGGUGCGGCCGAGCGCUGUUCAAUGAGAUACAUGUGCUCCGCAAUGAGGACCCAAUAAAUGGCGCUGAGCCCGGCUGUGGUCGUGUGUAUGUAGAGCCCCGGCCAUGGAUGCUGGCCUGCCUGACCGCCCCGCCCAACCCCGACCACCAAUAUCGGUGGCUCAGUAUUAGGUGCCCUCAAUGCGCGCAAUCACUGGUUAACCCGACGUCAACCCUGGGUAGUGUCACAGGAAGUGCAAAGCUGAAUGAAAUGGAUCGGAUUAUGAGUGCAUUGUAUUCGGGCGGCGAUUUGCCCGUCACUAACGAGUCGAUACUUCGGGCGUCAAACAUCGGCACAAUACUGACCGUAAUGGACACGUGCAUACCUAAUGAGCACCGAUUCCCUGGCAUUGCCUACCACUGGAUAUCGGCUGUAGAUGACGAGUCGCAGGACCUGUUGACACACUUUCCGACCGCUUAUUACAUAAUAAACGACGCGCUGAACAGCAGUCUCGGCGCCGGCGUAUACGUGCACUGCGGGGACGGUAUAUCCCGAUCGGCCACUAUUGUCAUCGCGUAUGUGAUGAGUAGACUCGGUGUGCCGUACGAGUCGGCCCGAGCGCUAGUCGCCACCAGUCGCGCCAUAAUCGACCCAAACGUCGGAUUUGUCCGACAGUUACGCCUAUUUGAGGCCAUGAAUUACCAGCUCAGUGGUAACGAUCGGCGGCUGCGGCUGUAUUUGCUGGACAUGUAUGCCCACGAUUAUAGCCGUUUGAUUCACUACUUUGAACGACUGGCGGCGAUCACGAGGCAAACGACCGAAGGCAUGGAUUUAAGGGUAAGGUAUGCGUGCAAUGGUUGCGAUGAAGUGCUCUGGUACGAUAUACAUUUGCUCGAACGCGUACAUAAGCCCGAUUGUAAAAACUCGAGUUGGCACUGGUUGUUUGUCGAGCCCCGACCAUGGAUGUUUGCCAGCCUAAUUGGCGCCCCUAUAUUAACCGAGUCAUCUCACCAGGAGUUGAAAGUUAAUUGUUGGCGAUGUAACAAAACAGUUGCCUUAUGUGAAGUGGAGUUAACGUCAGGUAAACCCCGUGUUGUGCCAAAGCGAAUAUGUGAUUGUGCUGAUCAUAUCAAUGUCACUGCAAAGCAUCUGAAAAUCCAG